AUGAGCAUCACGCCGAAAAAUAUAUUUUCCUUUCUUUCCAUUCAUGUUGUCUGCUAUACAGCUACGAAUGGUGAGAAAUAUCCUUGUGGUUUUCUUUUGUCGGAAACCCCCGAGAUGAUGUCUAUACGUUUGAAGCAUGAAAAUUGUUACCAAAAAAUUAACCAUAUGUGUGUAAGGAAUCCAAUCAAAGGAGAAUGGCACGAGGCACAAAUUCUUCAAAAUAUAUUCAGUCAAUAG